AUGGCUAGUAAUCUUUCACAAUUUUUCAGAUUUUUUCAUCAGGAUUUUUCACCAUCUUCUUCUUUAGGCAGAGUUUUUCACCCGUUGUUGAUUUCCUCUUGUAGACAUUCAGAUUCCAAGAUGGCUAUGAAAAGAUUUUUAAGCACGUCGUCUGUGCUUCAUAGAGGUCAAAAUUUGACAGAAAAGAUCGUGCAGAAGUAUGCUGUGGGACUUCCUGAAGGAAAGAAAGUAUUCUCUGGAGAUUACGUUUCUAUCAAGCCAGCUCAUUGCAUGUCGCAUGACAACUCAUGGCCCGUAGCAACUAAGUUCAUGGGACUUGGUGCUAAAAAGGUUAAAGAUAACAGGCAAAUCGUUUGUACAUUGGAUCAUGAUGUGCAAAACAAGUCUGAAAAGAAUCUUGAAAAAUAUACCAACAUUGAAAGAUUUGCCAAGGAACAGGGCAUUGAUUUCUACCCAGCUGGUAGAGGUAUCGGACAUCAAAUCAUGAUAGAAGAAGGUUACGCUUUCCCAUUAAACUUAACAGUUGCCUCAGACUCUCAUUCUAACACUUACGGUGGUGUAGGUUCUUUGGGUACCCCCAUUGUCAGAACUGAUGCUGCUUCAAUUUGGGCCACUGGCCAGACCUGGUGGCAGAUUCCACCAGUUGCUAAAGUAGAGUUAGUUGGAAAUUUACCUAAGGGAGUGACUGGUAAGGAUAUCAUUAUAACCCUUUGUGGUAUUUUCAACAACGAUGAGGUAUUGAAUCAUGCUAUUGAAUUCACAGGUGAAGGUGUAAAAAACUUGCCAGUAGACUACAGAUUAACUAUUGCCAAUAUGACCACUGAAUGGGGUGCUCUCUCUGGUUUAUUCCCAGUUGAUGAAGUUUUAAUCGACUGGUACAAAGAAAGAAUCACUAAGUUGCCUCAACCACACGCUAGAGUCAAUCAGGACACCAUACAAUAUUUAAUUGACAACAAACAAGAUUCAGAUCUGGAUUCCGUAUAUGCCAAGAAGCUCGUGGUUGAUCUCUCAUCUUUAUCAGCUAACAUUUCAGGUCCAAACUCUGUUAAGGUUUCUAACACUUUAUAUGAUUUAAGUGCACAAGACAUCAAAAUUAACAAGGCAUACUUAGUCUCAUGUACUAAUUCUAGACUUUCCGAUAUCAAGGCAGCUGCUGACGUUAUCAGAGGCCACAAGAUCGCUGAAGGUGUUGAAUUCUAUGUCGCUGCUGCUUCUUCUAACGUCCAAAAAGAUGCUGAAGCCAUUGGCGCUUGGCAGGAUAUUAUUGAUGCUGGUGCUAAGCCAUUACCUGCUGGUUGUGGACCAUGUAUUGGUUUGGGUACUGGUUUAUUGAAGGAUGGUGAAGUUGGUAUCUCUGCUACUAACCGUAACUUCAAAGGAAGAAUGGGUUCUAAAGAUGCUCUUGCUUACUUGGCCUCUCCAGAAGUUGUUGCAGCAUCUGCUGUUUUGGGUAAGAUCGGAGGUGUUGAAGAGUUAACUGGUGGAUCUGUACCAAAUGUCAAGGAGAUUGUUAAAAGUAUAGAGAUCAGUAGCGGCGCUGAAGGUGACAGUGCAUCUGAUGCAGGUGCAGCUGUUGAAAUCAUUGAAGGGUUCCCUCAAACGAUUGAAGGUGAGCUUAUUCUUUGUGAUGCUGAUAACAUUAAUACUGAUGGAAUUUACCCAGGUAAAUACACUUACCAAGAUGACAUUCCAAAGGAAAAGAUGGCUGAAGUUUGUAUGGAAAACUAUGAUGGUGAGUUCAACACCAAGACCAAGCCUAGCGAUAUAAUAAUUUCAGGUUAUAACUUCGGUACCGGAUCUUCCAGAGAACAAGCUGCCACCUGUAUUUUAGCCAGAGGUAUGAAACUUGUAGUUGCUGGUUCAUUUGGUAACAUUUUCUCAAGAAACUCCAUCAACAAUGCUCUCUUAACUUUGGAAAUUCCAGAUUUAAUUAACAAUUUAAGAAAAAUCUACAAAGAUUCUAACGAAUUGACCAUAAGAACAGGUUGGUUUUUGAAGUGGGACGUCACCAAGGCUCAAGUUAUCGUUACUGAUGCAGAAGGAAAAGAAGUUUUGAACCAAAAAGUCGGUGAAUUGGGUACAAACUUACAAGAUAUUAUCGUGAAGGGCGGUUUAGAAGGAUGGGUUAGAGCCGAAUUGGCCAAGGAAAAUUAG